CAGGUUGCUCCGCUCCGCUCCGUUCAUCUGCUUCUGCAUCUGCAUCUGCCCAUGCAAGCGCGGAAAGGUGUACAUGAAAUCAGAAUGAGAAGCGGGCCACAAAUAGAAACAUGAUGAGUUACAGGUGUCUUCAGGAAGAUGAAAGUGUAACCAAAAUCGAAACAAAACAACAAUCGGCAUCCCCGAUUCCCUGAUGGCUGCUACCAAGUACUAAAGCCAAAUGUCAAGCUCCGCUCCCAGCAGGGGUCGAGCGCUUGGCGGCGCUCCGCCGCAGCCAGCUGGUUGUUUUCCAGGAAAACCGACGGAGAAAAAUGUGGCAAAGACCACGACGAGCAGUGUCAAAAGUCGACAAAACUCAUCCGCGGCGAGAACUAAAACGAACACUGCACAACUACACGGUGCAGCCGUUGGGGCAUCAAAAGCAAAUAGUGCUGUGACUUCGCUUGACGCCCGGGGAACGCGCCCAUCUUCCGCAACUCGUACCACGACUGGCACAGGAGCCACUUCCCGUGCGCGCUCUUGCUCCAACGCGAUUCUCGCGCGGGGAAACCCAAACCGUUCUGCCAAAAUGGUUCUGGAGGAGCUGCAGGAAAAAGACAAGAUGCAAGACGUAGAAGAUGACAGAUCGCAACCGCUUCUAAGACGUCGCAGCAACAGCUCCGGGCCGGUCUUUAGUUCCAGCACGCCUCAUCGAUACACGAGCAAGGAGAAAAGAAAAAACGCAGCUGCUCCGACCGCCGCCACUGGAGGAGGUGCAGAGGUCGUGGCUCGUGCGGGGAAGAUGAACGUUGUCAGAAAGCCUGCCAAUAGCUCUUGCAGCUCGGUUGCAGGCUCAUCGCAGCACUCAGCGAACCCCUCUCCUCGAGGUAGGGUGAAUAACAAUAACUCGAAUAAGGGGCACGCAAUGUUGGCCUCGAAAAACCCCCACUCCACAUCCAGGGCGCAAUCGUCGUCGGUGAAUAAGAGGAGGUGUGGGCAAGGAGCGCGAACUCCUGGCGCUCCGCCACUCCGUCCGCCAAGAAUUCCGGAAGCUGUACAACCUCAACCGACCGUCAAUUCUAAUUCAAGUACCAGCCGCAACUUGCGUGAGGGUGAGCGGACGCGAUGCGGUACAUUAACCGCGGCCGCGGGGCACAAUAGACCUCCGAGUGCUAAUAUCGCCGCUGCUGCGGUUAGUGGUGCGACCAGCAGCACACGAUCGAUUGCAAAGCAGAACGCGAAGCGCGCUCCCUCUCCCAGAGGAACGACCGCGCGCGGCUCGCAGCACGACCAGCAACCACGCAAACAAAACACUCUGCCCCCCAUUAGGAAUAGAAGCGGUAGCAAAAGCUGCAACCACAGCAAGAACGUCCCUGAAGUGGAUACGAAAACAAAUAGCCACGACCAAAAUCCUAAUCCUUUGUCAGCUCGCAAAUUUUCCAAAACAUCAAUCAGGGCUGACACGCUCGUGCAGAGGACGCCCGCCGGCAGCUCGCAUUCCCAGCAGCUACAGCAUUCCAGCAGCUUCAUCGGAACUCCGCACGGCAAUUCGCAUUCCUCUCACCAGCAUGCCGCCCACAAUAUCCCGACGCCACACAGUACUAGCAGCGCCCAUUUACACCGGUCGGGCUCUGCGGGACCCCCUUCCGGUGGUGGUCAUCUUUCUUUCCAACUACAGACGCCAUCGUACCACGGCCACCUGAACAUUACGACACCUCAUCAGCAUCACCAGGUCCUCGCGACGCCCGGAGCAGUCCAUGGGGGUAACCACCAGGUCACACCGCACCAGAAUCACGGGCCAAAUGGUACCACUUUCAAUGGCACAACCCCGGAUUCUGGGUUCGUGUCCCGGAUGCUGCAGAGGAGAACUUUUUCCACCGGGAAACUGGACGGGGCGGACGAUGCGGGCAGUGGGGCGUUUCGGGGGAUCCGGAAUCGAGAGAAAGGCUGUAUUGCGGGACAGGGCGGCGGUGCGGGGCGGGCGGAUGACGACUUUAUGGAAAAUAACUUCGUGAAUAUCAGCGUUGUCGGAAAAGGUAACACUAACUAACACGACUUCUGCAUUUCAAAACUGUAGUGCUCUCGAUGAAGUAGUUGUGUUGAUGCCAUCAUAGGACACGUCAGCGCGAUGUUUCAUGUGUGUAAUCUCGUUUUCGAUUUAAGGCGCAGACCUUUCACUGGCACUGCACUCUAAAAAGGUAACUUUUCCACCGUGUAUCGGGCAACGCACAAGCUGGACGGUUGCGAGUACGCAGUGAAGCAGUUGAAGACGAAACUACCCGAGCAUUGGCUAGACGACGUGAACACGGCGGCGAAUGCGGCGAGUUCUCUGGGACAAAAUAACUACACAAGCUCGAAUAUGAAAAAGCCUUCCUACAAACCACCCACACAUACUGCCUUCAGGGAAGCCCAGAACCUUGCGAGAGCCCUCCACAACGUCGAGAGCUCGCACAUCGUGCGGUACUAUGGUUGCUGGGUGCAGAGCCGGAGACUCUACUUGCAAACGGAGUUGUGCGACUGCAGUUUACAUGAUGUGGUAGUGGAAAAGCGACGGCUAGCAGUGCAAACAGGAGACGCGGCUGUGACCAACGCCGCAUGCUUUUCGGAAGGCGAGAUUUUGGAGGUAUAAGUUCUUACGACAGGUCAAGCAUACUAAAUCGACAGGUCAAGCAUACUAAAGUUCGCAGUUCGACGCUCCGGCUACAGUGAUCUACCUAAAUUUCUAUUUUGAUUUUGCACCAUAUCCAUAUGCAAUUAUAAGUUUUUACGACAGUCUAUCUAGAUCUGAAUCUCGUUUUUAGUUUUUCAUUUCACAUGCAAAGGCGAUGUAGAUGUUUUUCUUGUUUCGCGAAACGGAAAGCCCCAGCUAAUAAAUUUUGAGUGAGGCUCAUUCUUUCUUCCACAGGUCGCUCACGCAACCCUCUCCGGGCUGCGAGCAAUGCACAGCAAUAACCUAUCCCACCUGGACGUCAAGCCUGAGAACCUGUUGCGCAGCUUCUCUGGAAUUUGGAAAAUUGCGGAUUUGGGGCUCGCCUGCGAGUUCGAGUCUAACUUUCAGCUGUCAGCGUCUGGCGAGCUUGUCAGUUUUUCCUCGAAAUUGCAGAAAACGUCCACAGUGGAUGAAGGGGACUGCCGUUAUGUCGCCAAAGAGGCGUUGCGGGGCAUGGUGACGGACCGCUGUGACAUCUUCAGUCUUGGGGUUACAAUGUACGAACUGGGAUGUGGGCAGGUAAGUCAGAUACACCUAGUACUUGGUUUGCUGUUGGCUGGAAUGGAUUGCUUGCCGUGUGUGACGAGGCGAAAGGAACAAACGAAGAAACACUACCGUUGUGUGACUGCUCAAUUUGCAAUGUAUUAAUCAUGUUAUCAGGAACCUCCGCGCGCCGGCGAGCAGUGGCACGCCUUGCGGGACCAGCAGCCGACGGCGACGACUCUGUCUUCCGAAAUGCCACAACUUUCGACCGAUCUUCUGAACGUCCUUUCCACCAUGCUGGCCACAGAGCCGAGCCAGCGGCCAAAUGCCACCGAUGCUCUGUAUUUGGUCGAUCACAUCAAAUCUGCGGACGGCGGCGUGCCUGCUGAGCAGGAAAAGGAAUUCUGGAAACGGGAGGCAAUGCAGCUGCGGCAACAGUUGCAGGGUUAUUUGCAACAACUCGCGCAGCACCAACAGGAGCAGCAGCAUCCGGACCAGUCUGGCACAGCUUCUACAUCGGUGCUUCUCGCUGGAAAUCAAUCCCAACGAGGUGUCGCAGUAGAGUUCUAUCAUGAGGCUUCGUCGUUACUCUCUUCGUCCAACGUCCCAACGACGGCGAAUCUCUCGUCUAGCAUCGGCGCUUCCUCCACGCCAGCCUCCGGGCAGUUCAUCGAUCUUGUUUCAGGGGGAGGCAGUGGUAGUGGGCUCCACCAAUUGUGCACAUCAGACAACUUGAGCUUCGACGAACUGGGACGAGAGCCGCGAAACCAAAACCAAAUGAGCAGCAGCGACCAACGCUGCAGCGAGCAAGACGUGCAGAUGGGAUUUGCGGAGGUGAGCACAACCGACGCUGACGUGACCGAAGAUCUAUCGACGCUGCAGCUGAUAGACCAACUCCAAACGGUGUCAUCCGGCAGUUGUGCUGGUAGUUCAGAUGCUGAUGACCCCGGUGGAAAUACAACAACGACUCUUCAUCUGGGCCAUCACGGAGUUCUUGACCACCUGGAGGAGGAGAUCACGCCGAGGGUCGACUUCAAUUCUUCCCAAAUGCGACGUCGAAAGACGUUCUUCAACAGCAAGAAUUCAUCGGAGGUACUAGGGGUACCAGGAGACCACCACGACGGCCGCGGUAGCAGGAGAAUUCAAGACCCGCCAAGCACAGGAGGCAACAGCAGUUCGAUCCACGGAAGGUCAGACCUGAGAAUGCUGGAGUCCUCUUUUGCCCAUCCGCAGACGUGCUCAUCGUUGCAGCCGAAUCGGUGCGGGUUCGAUCCCCGCGGAGAGGGAGAGGAGGAGGUGAUGAUUGGAGAGGGUGGGGGUGCGCCGGACGAAUCUUCGCUGCUCGUUCAGGAGGGUGGCAACACAAGUGGCAUUGACGCCGAGUCUCUAAUCGCAGUCGCCGCACCUCCAGCCGAUGUAGUGGAGGACCAGCACAUGCUGACGGAGGCCGAAGGCGGAGAACAAUGCACGACCCUGCAGACGGGAGAAGUAGAAGAACAGGCCACCGGCGCGGUAUUCAGCCAAGACGCGGAUCACCCACGUACUGCAAGCGACGUGAACCUCAUAGGAGAGGACCGUGACGCACGUAAUGUUGACGAGAAGGGUUGUUCAGUACCACCACCAGAUGGAAUUCUUGGGGAUGGUGAAACUGCCCACGAGCAGGAGGAGCAGCAGCCGGCUGCUGCGGCUGCGCCCCCAGCUCUCGCAGACGAGCUCGGGUUGCCACCGCCACCCGCUUCCCCGUCCCCGUCUUCCCCUUCUUCUCUUCUCUCCAAAUCCAAGAAAAAGUCCAAGUUUCUGCAGGGCUUGAUGCAGACGAACCACCACCGACCGCCGCCGAGACGUAACUUGGCCGACAUGUUCGAGCAAAAUUCCACUCCGGUGGUUUCCCCCGACGGCGCUCAUGAUAGUGGUCUCAAGUCGUGCCCGAGUUCAUCCAGUUCUUUGAAGCUGCACAAGGGGUCUUUUCCUCUGAGUGGGAAAGGGACGUCGAAUCACAGCAAUAGCGGUGGGGGCUUUCUUGGAGCAUCAACUUCCAAACGAUCUUCCUCUUUAGAAAAGCAGGACCAGGUACAUCUGUUUCGCAGCACCUCGCGCGGACAGCACAGGUCAAAUUCUAAAGGAAGUGUUUGCGAGGAAGGGGAUGCAGUGGCGGAGGCGGAUGUCAGUUCACUCCUCGUGGAUCACAAUGUCAGCAUGGAAGACGAGGAGCCGCGCCAGCUUCUUCCACCAGGACGAGGCUCUCGGGGGGACGGAAAUCAACAUGAACCUGCUAAAGCUUCUUCUGCCUUUGGCUCUGCUAGACAUUACGCAAGUGGUGUGUUUUCGCAAGCGACCCCAGGCGCAUCACCAGCGUCUGCUUCGUCCGCUUCUGCUUCGAAUAAGAUGCUGAACCAAGAAGUAGGUUCUCGCGACAGCCAGCACCAGAAAGCCCGGCGUGACGGUGGUUCGGUUUUCUCGUCUGGUGGGGGCUUGCAAUCGCAAUCAGCAGCUGCCGGCACAAAGAACAGGAUCAACUUUUCCGGUGAUCGUAUCGAUCAUGACAUGAGCAACCCGAGUCCGCCGGUAUUUAACCGCGCCAGUCCGAGUAGAGGUUUUUCCGGAAGUGGAAGUUGUAGCGGCGGGAAAAAUAACAGUGGCCAACUACAAGCAGAGAAACAUCACCUUCACAGUCGGUUCUCUGAGCCCGGAGGGCAGCAGCUGCAACAGUCAUCGUUUUUGCCUCACGUGCGGGUGUUCGACUCCAGUGCAGCUACAGGGGGCACCACCACCAGCAGCUCCAGAUCUACUGCGCGCCGAACUGGUGGAUCAUCAAAUGCUAACACAACAACUUCUGCUGGUGUUCCUCAUCCAGGCUCCGCGAACCCCUCCCCUUCGGUUUCUCCCAGCACUGGGUCCUCCAGCUCAUCCUGCGCGCCGUCUUUCAAGUCCUGUAGUCCGAACCAGAGUCCUAGUCCAACCGGAGCGACACCGAACGCAGGAAACGCGGAAGAAUUCGUUAUCACCGGUCAAGCCAUGACGCUGAACCCAGUCCAGCCGACGGUGAGCAGUCCAGGCGCGCCGCGGGUGUUUCAUAGUGCGGGAAGAGUGACGAAGAUGGCCGCGGGUGCUCCUGGGGCAUCUCCAAGUGGAUCCUCAUCAAUUUCGAGCUCCGCGGCUGGUGCGUCUGCGGCUACGUUGUUUGACAAGAGCAACAUCGUCGAACAGACCGCGUUGGUGAACAACCUACCAGCUGUUCAGACCGACGACGGAAGCUGUAUGGUGCUCACAGGGGUUGACGAAGUUGAUCAACACGGAGACGCGGCUGCGAUAGUAGAGUUGUCAAAUGCACCAGGAUGUGGUGGAACAGGAACCGCGGGAGAUGACAAGAAGGUGCUUGCUCAACCAGUACUAGCGACAGCAGCAGUGUUGAAAAAUAAGAGCGGAGCUUCUUCUGCUGGUGCUUCUUCAGCAUCCACAAGCAUUAAAGGCACGACAACUUCUUCUUCCACGACCACAUCCGCCGGCGCACCGGCAAUCUCCACUGCUAACACGACGACAUCCACAUCGACUCGGACCAAAGUGAAGAAAUUAGCCAGUGAGAAGAAGAUCGCGUUGGAUCAUUGUGCCUACUCUGGCACGACGCACACCAUCGCAAAUUCUUCUGCGUCUUCUUCUGCAGCUUCCAGUAACCGCCGGCUACUUUCCGCGAAGUUGAAAAAAUCAUCCGGGGGUGGAAGCAGUGCAACGUCCUCGAAUCUUCGCAAUCAACACCUCACGGCCAGCGGAACUUUGCAGAGCAAGAAGCAAAACGUCAAAGUCCCUUCGGAUAAAAAGAAGAAACUUUCGAAAUUGCAGCAGAACUCAAUCCCAACCAACACAGUGAACGCGUUCCAGAGAGCUGUGGCAGAAUUUCACCAAGAUUCUUCGCCCAGUAUCGCGUCGCCCGUUUUGUACGAUAACAAUGGCAAUCAGAUCAAUUUGACGCUUGGAGGUCCACAUCAUGGGAACAACGCUGGGGGAGUCCUCCUUUCGAGCAACACUAAUUGUAAUUCUGCAAACUCAUCAUCAUCCGGAGCUUCUUCUAGUGAAAAUAACCGUGGAGCUGCGAUUGACUUGACAAACACGUCGAGUAGCAGCAAAACGAGCAAUGCGGAGUCGAGUUACAACACGACGAGGUCGAUUGAGGAGAUAACGAUGAGCGCUAAGACGGAUGACGAAGAAGUAGACAGCACUCAUAUGAUCUCGUCGGCAAAGGACCAUCGGCAGCGCACUAUCGACGAUCGGACUUCACCGUCUUUAGCCGGGGAAGAUUUUGAAGACUGCAGAAGUUCGUCUGUUGGCGCGUGUGGUGACCCCUAUCUAGGGAAGCAGGGAAUUAUUGGGGAUCAAAACAGAGAUCUGGAUUUGAUGUCGCCGCCUCUGGAACAGCAGCAGCAACACAGACAGUAUCAGCAGCAAAGUAGCAGCAACCCGAAGGCCAGGUCCAGCACGAAGUUACGUCGUCAGAUGUCGUACGCGGAGAAGAGGCCGAGCAAGCGGACGAAGGUCGACUCCCCGGACGAGGAAGAUUUUUCCGACGCACAGGAAGCGGACUCAGGACUUCUUCUUGAAGGAGGUGGUUGUAGUGAGCUACGAGAACCAGGGCGGGUGGAAUUGGUAGAACAACAUGAAAAAGCUGCGAACUCGUCUUCGUCCUCAAGCGGAAACACAAACUACAACAGCCAGCCGGGUGGAGAAGAUGAGGUGUUUAGCAAGAGCAAACCGCUACCACUGUCUUCAGGGACCUCCACACAGAACUGCCCACGAUAUCACGUCAGUAGCCCGAAGAGAGGGUGAAGUAGAGAGGAGGUUUUGGGGUGUUGUGUAAGUAGUGUUAGUAGGUACAACUCAACUAUCGUAUUUUCAUCACAGAGCGCACUACUUGCAUUAGCACACGCAAGAAAGCUUUGUGCACGACGAUUGUGUACCGUACUUUUGUGUCGGUGCAGAAGCAAGUUGUAGAGAAUCUAUUUGUAUUUUCCAUUUUCCAUUGUUAUUGCAGGUCAAUAGCUUAAUGUUAAUCCAAUUCAUCAUCGAGAAAUCAUUUUACUAUAGAAAAAUGCAGUGUAUCGUGCUGUAGCUGUACUAAUUGAUCAGUAUUGAUCCUCAAGACGCGUUAUCCUAAAUUUUCAUCGCAGAACUGUACACAAGAUUUGUUUGAUUCGAAUGCUUUUCCACCAAACGCACUGCAGGUGCAGCGUUCCUAUGAGAUGUGGGAUCCCGCACUCGCAAGUAGCAGCGUAAGUGCUGAUCUCUAUCAUUUUACUGCUUAUCAAAAAAUGCAAUGCUCGCGUUUUUCCUUUUUAAUGCCUGAAAAAUCAUGAUGUCCAUGUCGUUUUAUUUGAAGAACAGUUUUUACGUGUAGUAUGUCAGAACCUCUGAAGCUGAGCUUACAACUCGCCUUGCUAUUGCUAGUUGUCUUUCUAUCGCUUUCCUAUGCAGCACUUAAAAUGUCAAAGUCGAAUUUCUUUCGCGACAACAAGUUUAAAUCCAAUGAAACUAAUACAUCAGAUGAAGCUAGAACGAAGCAAGAUUUCCAAUGGAGUCUCACCUUAAAUGAAACGAAGAAAGAGCUAAAACUGUUGCUGUCCCCGUAGUAUGUGUUUUAUUUGAAGAACUACGCCUCACUAAACGAAGAAGCGAACUAUUUCAUGCGUAUCGACCAUCGGACGACAAGCCUCUGCUCCGGUUGCAACUAAUGUGACCUGUGCAGCUGCCUGUCGUGGACGAUGAUGAAGCAAGAGUCGAAGGAGAUACAACUCAACUGUGCAUCCUCGUCAAGCUGACGGAAACAGAAGCACUGGAACACCGAUGGCGGUGUUCCAGCAGUGCCCAGAGCAACAAGAAAGCCAUAGAGGAACACUAACGAAAAGAAAAGAAGACGCUCGAAAUUUUCAUCGCUUCGUCUUGC